AUGAGCACGUACUCAGACGGCAUACCAACCUCCUUUGAUCCCGCUCUCCUCAACUCCGAACUCGAAUUUCUUGACGCGCCCGCAUCUGUUUCCUUUUCCGACGACCUCAACGCGAUCCAAGAGUGCUUUGCCGACGAGAAAGCCAAGAAGAACAGCGCAGGCAUAGUCAUACAGCAUCGUAUUUGGAACACUCUAGAAGCCUUCAGGAGCGAGGAAGACUAUCCAAUCGACACGCCGCUGAAGCACCUCAAGAACGCGCCGACUCAACUUCUCGCAGUCGAUAGCUGCAUUCCCUCCUCUCCACCCAUUAUGCCACUCAUAUCCUCGCCUCUAGCGUACCCGGCCAGCUCGAUACUAAACCCCACCUCACCGAAGAAGAGGAAGCGAUCAGAUGCAGAGCGCAGCCCUCUCAAGGAUGUGCCCAACAACAAUGCUUCAAGAAGAGUGGGUGCCUUCUUGGACGACUCAGACGACGAGGACGAAAUCGCUGCGCUUAAAGAGCAAGCCCUGAAAAGGAGAGCUAUCAACAGCAUCAAGGAUCUCCCAGCUCUACCAGAUGGUAUGGAUGACUACACACCGCCGGCCAGCCAACCAUCAGAAAUUGCAGAUCCAGAGACAGUACCCCUCGAAGCGUUGGACGAGUACUUCAAGUCGCCUUCGCCCGUCAAACAGCCCGUUAUAACCCCAGAUGAACCUUCCUCAGCACAGCCAAAUCGCGGCAAGGUCGCACGAACGGCCUCCGGAAAGCCUUUUUACCUCCCAAAGAAACUCCAUCGAGAUUCAGUAUCGUAUGAGCAGCUUAUCGCAUCUCGGUCUACUGGCGAGCAGGGACAGGCCAGGCAGAGCUUCUAUGGCAUCAACAUCCACCGCCUCAUCGAUGACGCGAAAGCGAUGGACGAGGCGAAGGCUGCUCGACAAGAGGAAAAACAGAUCGAAACCACGCGGCAGUCCGUUGAGCAACCCGUGUCCGGUAAGGCAAGCCGAACGCUAAUGUGGACUGAGAAAUACCGCGCGAAGAAGUUCACAGACUUGGUGGGAGAUGAGCGUACACAUCGCUCUGUUCUGCGUUGGCUCAAAACAUGGGACCCCAUUGUUUUCCCAGGUUCAGCCAAGCAAAAGCCAAAGAGUGCAAAGAAGGGUUUUGAAGAAGAGGAGCAGAGACACCGUAAGAUUCUUAUGCUCACCGGGCCGCCUGGUCUAGGAAAGACAACUCUUGCCCACGUAUGCGCUCGGCAGGCUGGUUACGAAGUGCAAGAGAUCAAUGCAUCCGAUGAGCGCAGUAAAGACGUUGUCAAAGGCCGCAUUCGCGAUAUGGUCGGGACCGAGAACGUCCGCGGAGUAAACACAACUACAGCAAGUGGUAAGGUUCGAAAGGCGGGCAAGCCGGUCUGCGUGGUCGUUGAUGAGGUUGACGGCGUGGUAUCUGGCAGUGGUGGCGCUGGCGAGGGAGGUUUCGUCAAGGCUCUAAUUGAUCUUAUCAAUCUGGACGAGAAGAACUCGAAGAACGUGGGACAACCUAGCUCAACAGGAUCGAAACGAAAGAAGAACGGCGAUCGUUUUCGACUACUGCGUCCUCUCGUCCUUAUAUGUAACGACGUCUACCAUCCCUCACUCCGACCGCUGCGACAGUCAUCAUUCGCCGAGAUCAUCCACAUCCGCAAGCCUGCGCUUAACAUGGUCGUCUCACGCAUGCAGGAAGUGUUCGUUAAGGAGGGCAUCCAGUGUGACUCGGAUGGUGUGAGACGGUUAUGUGAGGCCACUUGGGGUGUUAGCACGAAGAAGGAGGGUGGUACAGGAAGUGGUACAGGCGAAGGAGACAUUCGCGGCGUAAUGGUGGUGGGAGAAUGGGUUGCCGGUCGCUUCAGAAGUACCAUCGAUCCGAAGGCCAAGGACGUACCGAGACUCAGUCGUCGCUGGAUCGAGGACAACAUCAUCAAUGAUCUCGGGCAUGGCGGCGGAGCAGCUCGCAGCUUGGGACGAGGCGGCACAAAGGAUGUGGUCGAUCGGGUCUUCCGCGAAGGCGCCGGGUUUCCCAAGCAGGCCGAAACCACCGAUGUCCAAACAGCAACCGCGAGAGCAAAGCAAGGUGUGAUUGGUGUCGCUGAAGCAGCAAAGAAACGCGCAAUGGCUCGGCUUCGGGAGAUGGUUGAUACGAGCGGUGACUGCGAUCGCAUCGUAACUGACUGCUUUUCUGCCUACCCUUCGAAAGCCUUCCAAGACGACAACUACCUCAGCAAGCCCACCGCGGCAUACGAAUGGUUACACUUCCACGAUACCCUCUCAUCCGCCGUUCACGGAUCCCAGGAAUGGGAGCUUGCGCCUUACCUCUCGCAAUCUGUUCUUGCCUUCCACAACCUCUUCGCUUCACCCCGUCAACAAUCUUCGAACUCCAUUGCCGACCCUGAUGCAGAUACGAGCGCGUUCUCUGGCCCCAGUGCAAAUUAUGUGGCCAGUGAAGAGCUGAAAAAGAACAGGGCGCAAUUGAUGGCAUUGCAGAGCACACUGAGCCUACCACUUGCCAGAGUAUUCAAGAGCCCGGAGGAAAUGGCACUCGAGCUCAUACCAUAUGUUCUUAGGAUGCUGUCCCCAGACGUAAAACCCGUUCUAGUAAACACUGGUGCCACAGGUUCGAAAUCGGUAGCUACCGCUUCUGUCCGGAAAGCAUCAGAGAAGGUCCUUGUUAAGAGAGCGGUGGAAGCCAUGGCUGCCACAGGCGUUCGCUUUGAAAGGAGCAGAGUGGAGAUAGAUGACAUAGCGAACCGAAGUGGCGGGUGGGUCUUGCGCAUGGAGCCUCCGCUCGACUCAUUUACUGCUUUCGAGACAUUAACCGGCAAGAAGGACGACAAAGUACGAUACGCGGUACGCAGCGUGCUAGAAACGGAGUGGAAGAAGGAGAGCGUGCGGAUAGAGGCAGAAGCACGGAAGCGAAGAGGAGGCCAGCUCGAAGAGGAUGAAACAGCGGAAGAUGCAAAGGAGGAGGUCGACAAGGAGAAGGCGGCAGAAGAGAACAAGAAGGCUGUGAAGCGUGACUUCUUCGGCAGAAUCAUCAAGGAGGCUCCGGCAGCGCAAGGCGCCAGAAGAGAAAGAAAGGUCGUGAAGAACAAUGAUGAGGGUAGGAUAUGGGUGAGCUUCCACGAAGGUUUUUCGAAUGCUGUGCGGAAACCCAUUACUAUUGAUGAGCUGAUGAGAGGGCUAUGA